AUGCGGGAUUUGCAUUCUGGUCUAUCAAACGGACUCAAAACAAGAGAUAAUAAGACCAAAGCCCCGAUUGAUCGGAUGGUCGCUCGAGGUACUCGAAACAAUCGCGAUACUUGGGCAGGGGACUUGGGUAUGUGGAAAGUCCGCGGGGCAGCCGUCCAAGACAAAGCAAAAUACACCAAGAAUACCAAGCAAUACAAGAAUUGCUUCCGAGUACGAAGCUUCCGGGUUGGUCUUGUCGCCUUGGCAAUGCAUUUUUUGACUUUCUUAUUGGGGCCAGCGCUUCAUCUCGAAAUUGAUGAAGUCACACCGCAUUGA